CACAAGAAAUUACGCAACUUGAGAUUUGUUGAUGCAAACGAACCACAAAAAGAACCAACAUUUGAACCACCAUCAAAUCCAAAAUUUCAUCACAAAAUUAGGGUUUUCACCCCUCCAUUGUAAUUUGUAAUAUCUUUUCAAAAUCUCCAAUCUUUGCAAGUUCUUACUUGCACCCCCCCAUUCAUCAUUCAAACCGUAAAUGCAACAUAAAAACGAUCAUCCAUGGGGGGUUGCAUAUCUGUUGCCAAUACAAGUUACUUAAGGAAAUCCAGCCUUGUCCAACCAAUCACACGACAAGAGACCAAAACCCCAAAAUUCGUACGCCCGGCUCGCGUCCUCAAAGACUCUGCUGGGGGCGACAUUUUCAAGCAUUACAAGUUUGGGAAAGAGCUCGGGAGGGGUGAGUUUGGGGUGACAUACCAAUGUCAAAAUAUCGAAACAGGAGAGAAAGUGGCAUGCAAAAAGAUGUCCAAAAGCAGGCUGAUAGCGGAGAUUGAUGUGGAGGAUGUGAGGAGAGAGGUGACGAUCAUGAGGCAUAUGCCUGUGCACCCUAACAUCGUCAGCUACAAAGAUGUUUAUGAAGAUAAAGAUGCAAUAUAUUUACUCAUGGAGCUCUGUGAAGGUGGUGAACUAUUUGAUCGUAUCGUUACUAAAGGUCAUUACACGGAACGAGCCGCUGCUGUUGUAAUUAAGACCAUUCUUGAAGUUGUUCAGGUGUGUCACACACAUGGAGUAAUGCAUCGUGAUUUGAAACCCGAAAAUUUCUUGUACGCUCACAAAGGAGAAAAUGCAUCUCUAAAAGCAAUCGACUUUGGUCUCUCUGUAUCCUUCGAGCACGGCCAAAGGUUUAGAGAAGUCGUCGGAAGCCCAUAUUAUAUGGCACCGGAAGUACUCAAACGAAAUUAUGGGGAAGAAAUCGACGUAUGGAGCGCCGGUGUCAUUCUGUACAUCUUGCUUUGUGGAGUUCCCCCAUUUUGGGCAGGUACGCAUGCCAUAUGAUUGCAAAUAUGUUGUUUGAAUGGCUAACUCUCACACACAAAACUCUACUUCAAAAUCUACAUUUUGUCUCAAGCUAGACUUGUACCCUCAACAUUUGAUUAAAGGCCACUAAUCUAACAUUACCUUAACUGCUAGAACAAAGUUUGGUCCCAAAGAUGUUACAAAUGUGAAUGAACUAAGCAAAAAUGUUACAUUUAGACUAUGAAAACAACAAAAUGAUUGUUAUUCGAUCGGGCCAAAGUGAUGUGGAAAACUAUUAGUGCUUAU